CUGCUAUAAAGCCAGGCGAGGGGCUGAGCCAGCGCAGAGCUCUGCUUCACCCAGUCCACUGCACCGCUGUGCCGCGCACCGGGACCCUGCUCUUGUUCCACUCUGCCUGAGCAUCCUUGUCCUCCCAGUUCCUCACCAUGCCUGAGUGCUGGGAUGGGGAACAUGACAUUGAGACCCCCUAUGGACUGCUGCACGUGGUCAUCCAGGGCUCUCCCAAGGGGAAUCGCCCGGCCAUCCUGACAUACCAUGACGUGGGCCUCAACCACAAGCUUUGCUUCAAUACCUUCUUCAACUAUGAGGACAUGCAGGAGAUCACGAAGCACUUUGUGGUGUGCCAUGUGGAUGCACUGGGCCAGCAGGCAGGAGCCUCGCAGUUCCCUCAGGGGUACCAGUACCCAUCCUUGGACCAGCUGGCUGCCAUGCUCCCCAGUGUGGUGCAGCACUUUGGGUUCAAGUACGUGAUCGGGAUUGGUGUUGGGGCAGGAGCCUACGUGUUGGCCAAGUUUGCGCUCAUCUUCCCUGACCUGGUUGAAGGACUGGUCCUCAUGAACAUUGACCCCAACGGCAAAGGCUGGAUUGACUGGGCAGCUGCCAAGCUCUCUGGCCUCACCAGCACACUACUGGAUACUGUCCUCUCCCACCUCUUCAGCCAGGAAGAGCUGAUGAACAACACAGAGCUGGUGCAGAGCUACCGGCAGCAGAUCAGCAGUGUGGUGAACCAGUUCAACCUCCAGCUCUUCCUCAACAUGUACAACAGCCGCAGGGAUCUGGACAUAAACCGGCCUGGGACUGUGCCCAACGCCAAGACACUGUGCUGCCCUGUGAUGCUGGUGGUUGGAGACAAUGCGCCUGCUGAAGAAGGGGUGGUGGAGUGUAACUCCAAGCUGGACCCCACCAACACCACCUUCCUGAAGAUGGCUGACUCCGGUGGGCUGCCCCAGGUCACACAGCCCGGCAAGCUGACUGAGGCCUUCAAGUACUUCCUCCAGGGCAUGGGCUACAUUGCCCACCUGAAGGAUCAGCGGCUGAGUGGGGGCUCAGUGCCAUCCGCCAGCAUGACCCGGCUGGCACGCUCCCGCACAGCCUCCCUCACCAGCACCAGCUCGGUGGAUGGCACCCGUCCGCGUGCCUGUACCCACUCAGAGAGCACCGAGGCCAUGGGACAGAUCAACCACACCAUGGAGAUAUCGUGCUGAGAUCCACACCUGCCACUGACGUCUUCUCCAGAGCCAUCUCCUACCCAUCCGCAUCACACCAGCACCUGCCUGUCCUGUCAACAUCCUCCACCAGGGCUCUCGCCCCUUUGGGGUCAAUUUGUCUUUUUGGCCAUUGGCCCUUGUCUGGUACCAGAGAAGGAGAGGGGCUUUGCAUCCCAGCCUUCAGCUCCUGGCUCUGUCCAGCAGUCACCAUGGUUCUGCAUCAGUCCUCAACCUUCCCAGCAUCGGCCUGGCUCUGGCUUUGGAGGGUGGGUGGUGGUGGGGACAGGAUGGAGAAAGCAGGGGUGAGGUGGGGAUAGGAUGGUGGGAUGGGACAGGACAGCAGGACAUGGAAGAGACACAGGAGGUAGGUUGUUGCCCCGCUAUCAACCGACAUCUGGCCAAGCCAGAAGGAAGACAGGGAACAGUGCUCACUGAGGGAGGUCACUGGGCCCUUCCCGGGGAUGCAGCUCCCUUUCUCCCCACCAGUCCUCCCUGAGGAGAGCUGGUACAAGAUCCCCAGCACACCCAGGACCUGCUGCACUGGAGCUGGCCCAGCAUUGUGAGAAAUAACCC